CAUAAUAUUUGGAGAAUAAAUACCCAGUCUAAACACUCGCAAAUCGCCUGAAACGGCGCGAGGUGUCGGGGGACUGAAGAGGGGUCCCAGCGGCGUCAUGUAGAGCCGAUCAUUGUCUCUCACAUUUUCUAAGUAUCCAUUACACAACAGUGAGCAAGGCAAGGAGUCGGGCCAGAGAUAUCAGCAGCCCAUGUGAAGCAGCAGCGGUGCCCGGAGGGCUCUUCCUCUCAACGUCAACGAGAACCAACUAAACUAAGAUCAGGAAUACAAGCGUAGAGAUGAGAACAACUGUUAAUUAUGGUAAUAUUUUAUGAGACGUGAACGUUUAUAUCGGGGGAAUGUUCAGUCAACGGAAUGAGGAAGAAUUAGUAUCCAAGUGUAUGAGAAUCAAUGAGUUGAUCGGGUGCUCUAGUUCAAUGCGAAUUAUUGUGUGCAAAAAAUCACUUUGAUUUCACACUCCUUAUUUGAGACACCUUCGAGGGAAACCAUGAAUGGAGGUCCGCAUUUUCCACCAAUUUAAACAACGGUAUAUGCGAAACAUUUGGAUUACUUUGCUGCACAACACCUAUUUUGGGUGGAAUUUCGGACUCGGGACUUCUCGCCUUUGCGCUUUCCUCGCGUUCAGCAGCUAAACUUGGAGGGAUCCAUGCAGUCGCAAAGGGAGAGGAGAGAAGUGCGACCCCGUGCUGGAUGGACGGUUAUGGGGAAGGGAGUAGCAGGACCUUCGGCGCUUGAAGUCGGCAAGAUCCUUGUUUUGUUUCUUUGCCUGUUUCCUUCUGUGAGUCUGCAGUGUAAGAUCCUCAAGUGUAACUCAGAGUUUUGGGCCUCCACCUCAAGCUCUGGCCCGGAGGAGGAGUUCUGUACGGCACUGCGGGCGUACAACAACUGUGUACGCCGCACCGCACGCACUUGCAGAGGCGACCUGGCCUACCACUCAGCCCAACAUGGUAUAGAGGACCUCAUGAGUCAACACAACUGCUCCAAGGAGGGACCUACAACCCAGCCUCGAGCCCGGACCCCCGCUCCACCCCCACCACCACAGCUCCAGCCUGACAGCCAGGAGCGCUCCGAUGGGCCGGAGCAGUGUCACUACGAACGCAGCCUUCCUCGCCAUUCCUCGCCACCCAACUACACCCACUGCGGCUUCUUUGGAGACCCACACCUCCGUACCUUCAGCGAUGACUUCCAGACCUGCAAGGUGGAGGGAGCCUGGCCACUUAUCCAUAACAAAUACCUGUCUGUUCAGGUGACCAACACACCUGUCGUGCCUGGCUCCUCUGCUACGGCCACCAGCAAGUUGACAAUCAUCUUCAAGAACUUUCAGGAGUGUGUGGACCAGAAGAUGUACCACGCAGAGACAGACGAGCUGCCUGCGGCGUUCGCCGACGGCUCCAAGAACGGUGGAGACCGCCACGGGGCCAACACGCUGCGCAUCGUGGAUAAGGUGCCUGGGCAGCAUGUGGAGAUCCACGCACGCUACAUCGGUACAACUAUUGUGGUCCGGCAGGUGGGCCGAUACCUGACCUUUGCUGUGCGGAUGCCAGAGGAAGUAGUGAACUCUGUAGAAGACCGAGACAACCAGGACCUGUAUCUUUGUCUGCACGGCUGUCCCGCCAACCAACGUAUCGACUUCAGGAAAUUCAGGGACCGUGCUGUGGAGGGCCACGGCCUGGUCAAGAGCAGGACGGGCAGCCAGUCCCAUGGGUUUACCUAUCAGGCUGCCAUGGCCAAGUGUAAAGAGCGCCUCCCAGUGGAAGACCUGUACUUCCAGUCUUGUGUGUUCGACCUGCUUUCCUCUGGGGACAUCAACUUCACCAUGGCUGCCUACUAUGCUUUUGAGGACGUGAAAAUGCUCCACUCCAACAAGGACAAAUACCACAUUUUUGAAAAGGAUGCUUUUGGGAGUAAUGCAGCACCGAGGGGAUCAGAUAUGUUCUCGCUAGUUCUCCUCAACUGUCUGUCUAUGUUGUUGUGGAUUGAGUGCUGCUGGGUUCAUCUAUAGUGCCCUGCCAACAUCAUCCUCAUUAUGCUAGCUGUCAGUGGGUGUGAAACAAAGCCCUCACCGUGUCAUACUUCACCUCUACUGCUCUGUUCUCAGUGGCUGGUGGCCAGUGUAGACAGCAGGGCCGUCCAUGCAUCUGAGGGGACACAGCAGCUCAUUUGCAAUCAAACUCAUCCCAGCCCAUGGUCUCAUCAUUGUUGUCAUCAUGUGUUGACUUACAUCUGGGGAAGAGGUGAGCUCUCUGUGCUCCCACCUAUCAUUGCGUUCAUUCAGCUGGUUUAAGGACUGGUCCUUUGAUUAAAGGAGCAGUGGUGAGAGAGGAGAGCCCAGGAGCCCCAGCACUUUGGAUAUCCAGCUGGGAUUAAAUCCUACAUUCCCACUGGGACUGCAUGCCUAUGGGAAGCAAGACGAGAUGAUCUCUUACAGAAAGAAGAGUUUGCUGAUCUCCUCUCCUCACUUGUGCCAAGCCAGUGGAGCUCUCUGUGGCUCAUGGGUCUGGGCUAGAGUACAUGACAGGGGCUUUUGUUAAUGUCUGUCCAGAAGGAGCUCACUGUUUGAUGAGCUUCCAGCUUUGGAAAAGCCGGAGCUUUUUGGAGAAAGUACUCGGGCCAAAAGGAUGUCAAAGCAGCAAGUGACAGUCUAGUCUGCUGUGGAGGUUAAUAGGUCAUAAUGCCAGGUCUUUUGUAAGAUUGUGUGUGUGUGGUUGUGCCCCUCUGUGGUUUAGUGUGUCCGCCAGAACAGGCUGUCUUGAAUAUUGGCGUUUAAAAGUGUUAAUUAUGAUAAAUGUAUUUUUUGUAUAGGGUGUAAUUAAGAUGUUCAUAAGAAAACAGCCCUUUACAAACUUUACCAAGGGCACAGAUAAUGCAGAAACCCAGAUCACGUUUACAGAGUAUAUCUCAUCCCUUCAUUCAACCAAUCAACCAACCAACAUGUACCAUGGCCAAGAAAUUGAUUUCUACAGGUCUUUUGUGAGUUAUUUCUCUUUUUCUAGGCAGUCAACAGUUCCACACAGAUGUAGGUAUCAUGGCCAUGUAUUUGGUUUGAGAAAGAUAGUCUUUCUGACCACUCUGUAGAGAGCAGAAAGUAGGUCCUGUAUCAGAGGAGGCUGGUGGGAGGAGCUAUAGGAGGACAGGCUCAUUGGAAUGGCUGGAAUGGAAUAGCUGUCAAAUCCAAAAGCAGCACCCGGCGUUAUACCUAUUGCGUACAUUGCCAUUGGAUGCGCCGAGUCGCAUUAGUAGAAAACCUAUGCAGCUGUUUCAAGUUCGAACACUUGCAUGUGUGAUGUAGAGCGGGUUAAUGCUUGAUCUGAUUGAAUCUAAGCCUAAGUAUUUUAACUUUUGAUUGUGUAGAAUGCUGGAAGGUGCUAAAUGAUCUUAGUGGAUAGACAUAUUCAGAGCAGCAUAUGGCAAAGAAGUUGUCAGUUUUCGGUUUUGAAUUGUACCUCUAGUCAUAUGCAGGACCCGUGUGAUGUGCAUACAUCUACAGUACCAUUUUGAUUUGUUGUAGUUUUCCAAUUGCAUUGUUUGUGUUCAUAGUAAUAAUGUCAUUCACCAGUUAGCCUAAAUCUUGAGGCGGAGGUACUAAUACCCCGAAGGCCUGCUAAUUAUGAACAAGACAUUUAACCUACAUUCUGGUUUGAUCUUUAUUUUAAUUAUUUGUUGUAUACCGAAGUAAAGCUCAAAGGAUACAACCUUGUCAGACGAUUUGCUUCAUUUUUUCCCUUCCUAUUUCAUCUCGGUAGAAUAUAUUUAGAUUUGACCAUUCCCUUAGUACUAAUCUAUUCAACAACUUAACAAGGUAAUAUAUCCCUACACUGAAGUGUUUGGCAGGCCUAACUACAUGUACUGGUGCAGUUUGUUCUUAGUCUGGCAAAAAAAGUUGUUCAAAUAAACAAACAUGAUUGUAACAUUGAAUCUUGUUUUUAUAGAUGUAACUUGUAUUUUGAGUUUUCUAUAUGGUUCUACAUGUGUAAUGUGAGAUUGUAUAUACAUUUGUGUGUAAAAUAUUGUAUUUUAUCUGUAUUGAAUUUCACUACAGUUUUAAAUAUGAGAAAGGGUUUGGUGAAUGUAACCUUUUUAUUUUAAAAUAAUUUGAUGAAAACGUGAACACCACAUCACAAAGCUGUAGGGUCUUUAGGGGAUAGUGUUCAGCUAUCUAUCAAUGGCAGGGAUCCUAUCCUGGUUAUUGUAGUUUCAGAGCAUUCAUUUUCUUGCUCAGGAGUAGACACAAGUUAACCUGGAUUCCAUCCAGGUGGAUAUCUAAAAAGGGAAUACAAGAAAGUGUCCCUUUUUUUGGUGUUCAUGUUUUUAAUUUUAAAGCACUUUAUGUUCUUUUCACUUAGCUCUUACUUGGUUUGAACUUGAUUGUGAAUAGAGGUUGUCAGAUUUGUAACGGUAGAAAAUAUGGCAUUUAAACACUUGGCCGAAUGGCAGAAGCCAGAAAGAUCAAACUGUGUUUGUAUGUAGGACACAAGCGGUGUGACACACCAACUGUUUAUAUUGUAAAUUAUUUAUUAAAUAAAAGAUGUGUCUUGCUAA